AUGUGGUACAACUGCACCUUCCCCACGAACGCUACGCUCAACGAUGAGUGUUGCCCAUCCGGCAAUGCCACUUCCGCACUCGACGGACGUUCUAGCGCCUGCCUCCUCGGGAUCGGAAAUGCGACAGCCUUCAACCAGUGUCUAGCCGAGCAAGGCAACGUGACCGACGUCAAGUGCUACGUGCAAGAUUACACGAAUACGCGGUCGGAGAUACCAUCGGCGGCGCCGGGGAUGAAGCCAUCUUUAGGCUGGCUCCCGCUUGCCUGUGUCGCCCUUCUGCUCCUCGGCGGCGUCAGUGGCCAGCUCGAACAGGACCCCGUCUGCACCUCCUUCGUCCCCGACGACCAGAGCAAGUGGCAUCUCGACACCGAGAUGCCCAACCUCGUCAUUGGGAACGGCGAAUUCUGCUCCCGCAUCAGCCGCAGUCCCUGCCUCAUUUCCAUGUCCCAGAAGCGCUUCUACUUCAAGCCGCUCUGGGUUGCCGAGAGCGGCAUGCCCGUCACUGGUGACUAUAAGUCGCUGAAUAUGCCCCCCGACCAGGGCUUCGCCGAGCGAGUCUGGGUACCCAUCAUACCCGACGAGUUCCCGUUCUCCCAAGGACAUCUUGGCUUGUUGAUGGUCAAGACCGCAGGAGCCGUCAUACCCGGCACCUAUCACGAUUGCCAGAACGGGACAGAACUCCGCGGUAAUGUCUCUGUUCCUGCGGCGAGAGGCAUGUACUACUUCGCCACGAUCCAGGAUGGGGUCUCUGAAACAGGUCCUACGUACAACCUGAGCCUGUCCUCCCAGCAUGAAGAUUAG